CAUUGUAUCUCAUAGUUGCUAAGCAUAAGGAUCGUAGUGCCUACACCUGUAGUGAUAGGCUAGUUGCUGUUCGAUAGAAAAUUCCUUCGAAAUAUUAUUUCCGUUGUCGAAAAACGAAACGAAUUGCUGUGGAUUUAUGUCGACAAUUUCUAAAAACGUUAGUGGAUGCUGAAAACAAAAUCGAACAGUGUAACAGUUAGGUUAACUGAGCACGGAUCAUGCCGAUUUCUGAAUCUCAUGGUUGAUUUAAAUGCAUUCGUGUUUUCGCAAGAAUUAAAAUGUUUCGGCCGGCAAGAAGCCUCUUAUCGACUUUAAAUCGCGUCAAAGAAUAUCGCGCAGUGCAUACUAGUUUACAAACUUUACAAGACAUUAUAGAAUAUGAAUCCGUUAUUACCGAUGAAUAUAAAAGAGGUCCUGCUGAGGGUAGAUCCCUUUAUUUGGAUGCUCAAGCAACUACCCCAAUGGAUCCACGUGUAUUGGAUAAAAUGAUGCCCUAUUUGACCGCAUAUUAUGGAAAUCCUCAUUCUAGGACACAUAUGUAUGGGUGGGAAAGUGAAGCAGCAACAGAGCUUGCACGUAGUCAAGUAGCAGAUAUAAUAGGUGCUGAUAAAAAGGAAAUAAUAUUCACAUCAGGGGCAACAGAAUGCAACAACAUAGCUGUAAAGGGGGUUGCAAAGUUCUACAAAGCUAAAAAGAAUCAUAUUGUGACAACCCAGACAGAGCACAAAUGUGUACUAGAUUCCUGUAGAGCUUUGCAGGCAGAAGGGUUCAAAGUAACUUAUCUACCAGUAAAGGCUAAUGGUCUUAUUGACAUUAAGGAACUAGAAGCAGCAAUUACACGUGAGACCUCUCUAGUCUCUAUAAUGAUGGUAAAUAAUGAGAUUGGUGUGAAGCAACCAAUUGCAGAGAUUGGUGCUAUUUGUAGAAAGAAAAAAGUAUUUUUUCAUACAGACGCCGCUCAAGCGAUCGGGAAAAUUCCGAUCGAUGUUAAUACUAUGAAUAUCGAUCUAAUGUCUAUAAGUGGACAUAAAAUAUAUGGUCCUAAAGGAGUUGGAGCUCUGUAUGUGAGAAGAAGACCAAGAGUUCGUGUGGAACCCAUUCAAAGUGGGGGUGGUCAAGAAAGAGGAAUGCGGAGCGGUACCGUUCCUGCACCCUUAGCUGUAGGCUUGGGUGCAGCUUGUGAAUUAGCGCAGACGGAAAUGGAGUACGAUCACAAAUAUAUCUCAAUGCUCUCAAACCACUUAAUUAAAAAAAUAAUGUCGAAUUUGCCACACGUUAUACGUAACGGGGACGAGAACGAGUGGUACCCUGGCUGCGUCAAUCUAUCCUUUGCCUAUGUGGAAGGUGAAUCCCUCUUAAUGGCACUGAAGGACGUGGCCUUGAGCAGUGGUUCUGCUUGUACUAGCGCUAGUUUGGAGCCCAGUUAUGUACUUAGAGCAAUAGGAGCAUCGGAAGAUCUGGCACAUUCCAGUAUAAGAUUCGGUAUUGGCCGUUUUACGACGAUGGAAGAGAUCGAGUUCACCGCUGAGAAUACAAUUCGGCAUGUUAAAAGACUUCGGGGAAUGAGUCCAUUAUGGGAAAUGGUUGAAGAGGGAAUCGAUCUGAAAACGAUCAAGUGGACUCAGCACUAGCGGCUUUUGUUCGUUCAUUUUACCUGGACUAUCUAAUGGCAACGAUAGUGUGGAUUAAGUGUACAAUUAUGCAGACCUUAUGUCGCAGAAAUAGAGCGCGCCUAGUUAAGUAAAAUACCUCUGAAUGUGUAAUAAAUUUUUAUUUGAAAUCCAUUACCUGAGGAAAGUCUA